AUGGCAGAGCAACACAAGGUGAUCCUACACGGGAUGUGGGCUAGCCCUUUUGUGAAGAGGGUGGAGUUGGCACUUAAACUCAAGGCCCUUAAUUUGAAGGGCAUACCUCAUGAGUAUGUGGAAGAAGACUUGAGAAAUAAGAGUGAUUUGCUUCUCAAGUACAACCCUAUUCACAAGAAGGUCCCUGUACUUGUUCAUAAUGGAAAGGCCAUAGCUAAAUCCAUGGUGAUCCUUGAGUAUAUUGAUGAAACCUGGAAGGACGGUCCUAAACUUCUUCCAAGUGAUUCCUACAAAAGAGUGCAAGCUCGCUUCUGGUGUCAUUUCAUCCAGGAUGAGUUGAUGGGGAGCAGUUUUCUAGUAGUCAAAGCUGAUGGAGAAGUGCAACAAAAUACCAUUGACCACGUGUAUGAGAAACUGAAAGUACUAGAAGAUGGAAUGAAGACCUAUCUGGGAGAAGGCAAUGUUAGUGUUGAAAACAACUGGAACCUUGGCAUUGCAUUUUGUGCUUUAUGUGGAGCCUACAACGCUCAUGAAGAAGUUCUUGGCAUGAAGUUCAUAGUGCCAGAAAAGUUUCAUAUGCUAUUUUCUUGGUUGAUGGCUAUUGUUGAGGUUGAAACGGUGAAAAAGGCAAUUCCUCCACAUGAAAAAACAAUGGGAAUUCUUCAGUUUUUUAGGCAGUCUACACUGAAAUCUUCUACCACAGCUUGA